AUGGACGGACAACAGAUGUUUGCUGCUUCCUCCGCUCCAGCUCAGUCUGCUUCGACCGAUCCGGCUCAGUCUACUUCCUCCGCUCCGGCUCAGUCUGCUUCGACCACUCCGGCUCAGUCUGCUUCCUCCGCUCCAGCUCAGUCUGCUUCCUCAGCUCCAGACUCAGCCUACUUCCAUCGGCCAGACUACGUCAACUUCCUCCGGCCACUCAGCCUACUCCCUUCGGUCAGACUCCGUCUACCUCCUCCGGCCAGACUCAGUCUGGCCCCUCCACUCAGGCCGCUGUGCCUCCGCACGCUGCCCCGGCAGUCCCCAAUGCCCAUGGCGUAUGCCCAGGUCCCGACCUGCUGCACGCACCGCACCCCCACGGCGCUGGAGGCGAUGCAGAUAUAUUGGGGCUGCACGUGUUCCAUCUCUACCCACAAGAAGUACAUCUCGGCACCAGACGUUCUCUGGACGGACAUCGAGAAGGACUUCAACCGGGUGGCCAAGAUCGACGCGAACGUUGGUCUCUACAAGCUGAACGCCAUCCGCAGGGCCGACUUCGACAGCGCGGCUGCUUAUCACUCUCGAAUUCUGGAGAUAGCUACAGAGUUGCGCAACGUGGGCACCGAGCUGCCAGAGAAAGUUCUGGCAUCCUACAUGGUCCAAGGACUCCCGACGGGUGAUGUGUGGCUUGCUUUUCGAACAAGUCUCAACUCAAGUGAAAGUGCCGGAAGCUGCCAGGAGAUUCUAGACCAGAUCCUCGAGCGCUCAUAUGCAUGGGACCGGCACGGUGUAUCCGCAUAUACCAACACCGAGUUAUCGACCGCCCUCUUUGCGAAGAAGGGUACGGCCAAGAAGAAGGGCACCUUUUGGGAGGCCUUGAAUACGGGUGCAAACCCGUUUCACACGACAGUACCCUUUUGGUACGGCCAAGGGUCGGCGACGAUGCUGGACGCCGAGAUGGAGGAGAGGAGGAUGGGGGCGGGGUACUGA